AUGCGUACAACAAAGAUUGAACAUGGUUUCAGGAAUCACAUCUUCUCAUACUGGAAGGACUCAUGUUCGAUGCUCUCUUUGGACACUGGUGAGUGGACUGUGAUCGAUGACAAGUGCACACCAAGAGAGCGCAUAUUCAGAUCGGUUGUAUACGCACGAGGAAAUGUCUAUGUGUUUGGAGGUGAAGGAUCAGCCAACACAUACUCUCGCUUCUCACUCAUCGAUCAGAAGUGGCACAAUGACCUCGAGAUCAUCGGUGUCGAUGGUGGUGAAAGCAUAUCAACAUGCUACGAUGGUAACAAGCUCAUCUACUUGGUCGGUGGAUUCCACAAUGACAAACUACUGGAUCGAAUUGAUUGUUUCAACAUUGACACUCAACAAUUCUCAACAGUUGGACGACUAACAUUUGGAACCAGGGCAUCUCACUCAAUCAUUUAUAAAAAUAAGAUCAUAGUGAGUGGUGGAUAUGUUGAUGUUGAAUGUGAAGUCUCGCUCACUGACAUCUUAACAUUCCAACUCGACAAAAAAAUAUGUUAUCAAUUCCUCAAGACUGGAUUCAAUGGAGAUAUGGUCACCCAGUCAUGUUAUGAUGGCAGGGAUUAUCUCUUUAUGUUCGGGGUUGAAAAGGCAAUCAUGAUCGAUUUGGAAAAAUUCGCCAACUCUGACCCUGUAGAGUCAAGGAUAUCUUACGGAGCAUGUUAUAUAUAUCAAUGA